GCAGAGCUGGAGGUGGCGGAAAUGAAGAUGUUGAGGUUUCGCUCUCGGAGUGACCAGGUUGGAUACAAUUAGAAAUGAGACUUCGAUGGUCGGACACGUCCAGAGGAGAAAUAGCUGGCUGCUCAUUGGUCAUUCGCCGAAUAUUCAGAAGUCUUGGAAGCAGGAAGUCCUUUCCGUAGUUCAUUGAAAUGUCAUUGAGUGCUUCGUGUGACUCUGUCUCUCAGAAAAGAAGUCUGUGGAGCCUUCUCGCUGGUCGUGUUGUCAAGAAACCAAAGCAAGGAGAUGGUCAGCAGCUGCAGGAGGCAGUGAUCCACUUGUUGGAGCAGCAGCAGGAUCUCUGCAGCCUAUUCAAGGAGAUUGGGAAUCCAAAUCCAAGCAAUCCUUUCAACACUGGCAUAAAUGAGCAAAGGCUGGUGGCCUCUGAAGGCAUCCCUUUAGGUAUUGCAGGUUCACUUUUGGUGUGUGGGUUGAGACAUGAGGCUGGGCAGCUUGGUGUCCCAUUAGCAACACUGUCAGCGAAAUCGGUGCUGGAGAGACUGAAGGUGAUUACUGGAGUUGAGGAGGACAAGACAAGGGAUAUUCUCACGGCUUCUCAGAGAGUCCAGCUGUGUGUCCUGCUGGAGUCUGUCAGAGAACUGCUAGCUCAUGGAGCCAUCUGCCCUAAGGGACUCUGGCAGGAGUACAGGAAGUAUCAGAAACUACCAAAUCUGCAUGUGGUGUACCUACUUCAGUUUUGCAAUAUCCUCGACUUGAAACAUAUUUUUGAAAGUGAUGAAGGUGUGAGGUCGUGGUUGGUGCCACAGCUGAAGGCUUUGUGUAAAUGGACACCUCCUCUGGAAGAAAAUGAAGCCAUGCAAGCACAACGGAACGUAUUGUCAACUAUCUUAGGUGCGUUGGUUGGUAUGGGCUUCCAGUCAAGUCAGAAGCUAGAAGCAGUGGAGAAGAGGUGCAUUCUGCUCUGCAUCUCAGCCCUGGAUGACAUGCUAUUCUGGCUUCUGGACACUGUGGAUAUGAAUUCAGCACAGGCAUUAUCUGAAUCUGCAACUGAGCGAUGGUGUCAGCUAUUUGAUACCUCAUUGUGUGAAGUUUCAGCUUCUCCAGACGCCCUUCAGCGCUUUUUCACCCACACACUCACGCAGACUCUCACUUACAAGCCUCGACUUGCAGUGUCAGAUGCAAUUGCUCUACAGAACAAGUGGACCUUUGCAAAAGCCAGUCCAUUGCUCACCUCUCUUUUCCGUAGGUUGGCUGUGGUCUUCAGUGUGAAGCAGCUGCUACAUCACCUGCAGCAGGUACUAGAAACACAUGAAGUCAGCUGGAAACAUGUCCUGUGCUUCCUCUCUACUCUGCUGGUUUACAACCCUUCUGUGAAGCCCAGUUUGAGAGUACUUCUGUCCAGAUUGCUGACUUCUGGGUUUGACAGUUAUGACUUGGAGAACAUGAUUACUGCAUUCUUGUUAGCGCGGCAAGGGGCACUGCAAGGACCUGGCAUCUUCCCUUCCUAUAGUGACUGGUUCAAGGAGUCCUUUGGGGGGGCCAGUGGCUUCCACGCUACCAGCAAGAAAUCUCUGGUGUUUUUGCUCAAGUUUCUGUCUGACUUGGUUCCAUUUGAACCACCCGAAUACCUUAAGGUGCACAUACUUCACCCUCCAUAUGUACCUGUGAAAUACCGUAGCCUCCUGAUGGAGUAUGUCUCCCUGGCCAAGACCAGACUUGCUGAUCUCAAGCAAUCACUGGAGAAUAUUGGUCUGUGUCAGGAUAUAUCUCGUGCUGGAGAUGCACCAGUCCAGUGCCAGGCUGUACAGGAUGUGGAGAAAGCCUUAUCUCUUUUUGAGAGUACAGGAAAAAUCCCUGCCACUGUUAUGGAGGCCAGUAUUUUCCAUCGGACAUAUUUCCUCACACGGUUCCUUCCUGUUCUGCUGAGACCAAGAGUGCUCCCUGUGAAAGCAGACACUCAGAUGAGCUUCAUUGAGGCCCUGAAAAGAGUAGACAAGAUUCCUGCUGCACAGUAUUCAUCAUACAUGGAAUCUUGUCAGAGACUAAGACAGCAGGAAAGGAAAGCUGUAUGUGAGGAAAAUCAUGAUCCUCUCCACAUCUUAAAACUUCAGUUGCAGGAGCAAAGAAGGCUUGUUUCUGAUGGAAAUGAUGGAGAUAUGUCGGCUCAGCUGUCAAAGAUCGCCCACACUAUGAGCUUUAUCUUUCCUGGUCUUCCUGAUGACCUUUUGGAAAAGAAAGUGAUCAAACUGAAAACUGACAUGCUUUCAUUGCCAGAGCUCCACUUGCAAGUUGUUGAUGUGAUUUUAAAAAACUUUUGCCAGUGCAUUUUAGAUGCUUCCAAAUCACUCCCUCCGAAUAAGCAAAUUAUGUGGGCUUCAAGGUUUGUGUGUGUAUUGGUUUGUAACACACAGUUCCUCUUCUGCCUUCUGCACAGACUUUGGCAUCUGCUCCAUAACCAGGGGUCCUUGUUGAGUGGCCCGCACAUGCCCGGGCUGGCAGCUUUUGUGGUCCACCUCGAUGCCUUCAUGUCCCAAAGUCCUGUAGUGCAGCUGAUUUCACUAAGGCAGCCUAACCCAGUAUCUGUCUCAGAGGCUCUUAGCUCAGCACUGGUCUGCAACACACGCACUCGCAUGCACUUUUGUGUCAGGUUCUGUGUGGCUGCCAUGUGCUAUGGGAUCUGUAGAGGAGACUCGUUGCCUCAACAUCAUCAUAACCUGGCUCCCAGCAGCCUUUAUAAGAAGCUUCUGUACCUCAUCCCAAGACUGUUACCUGAAGCCAGAAAGAUUGUUUUUGAUGGGAAAGAGGAUCAGGAGGUGAACAGCAGUGGCGUGUUGAGUAAUGUCAAAGACACCACUAGCAACUGGAAAAAGACAGCUUUGUGUCUAUGGAGACAUCCUGCUUUCAAUCGGCUACAACACGAACCAAAAUAUCAGUUAUUCAUCACAGAAUGGCUGGCAAAUGAACUCCAAGUUGACAGAAGUAAAGACACAUUUUCUGACUCUGAACGGCUGGAGUACCAUCAGUGGGCAUGUCUAAACUUCUACCUGAUUCGUCCAGAGGAUCAGGGCGGCUGCGGUGGAAGCAUGAAGAGUCUUUGCUCUCAUCUCAUCAAUGCAAUCAUGGACCAGCAGCAAAGUGAACAGAGUCAGGACGAUCACAGAGUCUCACAAAGAGGAACCUGUCUUCCAGACAUUAUCUGUAGAUUACAGGAGGUCAUCUAUGAGAUGGAGUUAAGCAACCUAUCGGGCAGUCAUCCAAGCGGAAUGGACACAUGUGACUUCCUGUUUGAGUUGGUUUCUAAGAGGUUCUCUGAGACAUUGAGUUCAUCUCACCUCAGCUCUGAACACACACUGAACACGUGGAACAGAGUAAUGCUGGCUCUCCCAACGAUGUCAUUUCUUAAAGUAAAGGCUGAAGGAGACAGGGUGCAUCUUGAUUGUAAAAAGCUGAUACAACAUGUCAACGAUCAUCAGAGGAGUGUAUGUUCACCGAGCGGCCUGUUGUCCUUUCAUCUGACGUCACACUUUCUGAGAAGCAAUCUAUGUGCUAGUGUACACUGCAGUCUUGUAGCUGAAGAAUUCAACAAGACCUGGUCUCAGAUCAGUCAUCAGUGCCCUCUGCUGCUGGUCUCAACAGUGUACUGGUGGGAGCACCUGUCUGUAGUGCUCUUGUCGUUAUGGUGCCGUCUGUGUGAUGGAGAGGCUCCCCCAGAACAACUGCAGCUCAUCACAAAAAGUCAAAGCUGGGCCUGCAGUUUAACGAGGGGUCAGUUGCUGCAGAUCCCCUCAGCUCCAGCACUCUUGUUAGCCUCCAGCCUGUAUGUAGGCUUGCAAGGUCGAGCUGAAGGCAAGCAAGGUGUCACCGAUGCUCUGAAUAUGUUGCAACCUUUGACAAACAUUAAACACAGAGAGGUUUUAGUUUUCUUACUUUUCCUGUGGGUGAACAAAUACCUGUCAGCCCUCCUUUUUCCUCAGGAGUGUAGCCAUCAGAACGCCUUAAACAUAUGCACAGAAGUCCUGACUGUGUUGGUGGAUUCUGCUGACUGGCUACUUAUCUUUAAAUCUAAAGAUGCUGAAAAAGGUGCUUACCAGAGUGUUACCUUGGUGACAUCAGACCGAUUUACUCAACUGAUGCCGUGGGCCUUCUACAGCUUAUUGCUUCAGCAGAGCACUGAGGUGCAGCAAAGAGCUGUGCGUUGUCCAGGCUUUCUCAAUACUGCUGUCUCCUGCUACAUCAGUCUGCUGCAGCUCCUAGAUGGCCCGGGCCCCUCUAUCACUGGACCCCUUGGAAGUCAGAUGGAGUCUUGGCAGAUUCUGAGCCAAAGCAAAACCUUCCUGCUGAGGGCCAUUUCCCAGACGUCCACUUCCACUCUCUUUUCCGGGCAUAUAGCUCAGGUCAAACACAAACACGCUUAUCAAGACCUUCCUUUGAUUUCACCCUCUGGUUCUAAUCUCUUUGUAUUGUGUGUUCUGGUGCAGCUGGAGUCUCAGUGUGUGGAAUUUGACCCAGAGGUGGCAGCAGCUCUGUCUACACACUUGGACCCUCACAGGAUUAUUCCAGAGUAGUCUUUCCUCUGAUAAGGCAACUUUGGCUCAACA